UAUGGAUCAAAUCCAAUUUGCAAAGGCUGUUUGUCUUGUUCAAAGGAUAAUGGAUGCAUCAGAUGCCAGCAUAAGUUAUUCUUCUUCCUACGAAGAGAAGGAAUGAGACAGUAUGGUGAAUGCCUGCAUUCCUGCCCAUCAGGGUAUUAUGGACUCCGAACGCCAGAUAUGAACAGAUGUUCAAGAUGCAGAAUAGAAAACUGCGACUCCUGCUUCAGCAGAGACUUUUGCACCAAAUGCAAAGCUGGCUUCUACUCCCACAGAGGCCGCUGUUUCAGAGGUUGCCCACCUGGAUUUGCUGCCUUGGAAGAACUCAUGGAGUGUGUGGAAGGCUGUGAAGUUGGUCAGUGGAGUGAAUGGGGAAUUUGCAGCAGAAAUAAUAAAACAUGUGGAUUUAAGUGGGGCCUGGAAACGAGAACAAGGCAAAUAGUGAAGAAGCCAGCGAAAGACACGAUACCGUGCCCAACCAUCGCAGAGUCCAGACGGUGUAAAAUGGCUGUGAGGCAUUGUCCAGGAGGUAAGCCUAGAGCAUGCCACAAAAAUCUUUAUGAGCAUUCCUUAACAGAAAUCCUAGUUCUAACUUGAAAACAGAGCUAUUUC